UUUUUUACGGCAGACAUUCACUGAAAUUACAAUGGCUUUUAUUCUAUCACUAGUCUACAGAUUGCAAUCCUGAACACAGGGACCAUCUACAUCAAGGACAGCAUUUGAUCAGCAUUCAGUGGUUAUUGCACAAGAAACACCAAUAAUACAUGUGUAUAGUGGAAACACACUAAACUCAAAGAGAUUUUAGUCCUCUCUGUCAGUGAAGAAAUCAGAAUGGAAGAUGUGACUGAGUUUUCAUCAGAAAUCCAAAUUGCAAAGGCUGAAAAUAGACAAGAAAGAAAUAAGCCAGUUUUGAAGCAAACAUCAACACCAUUGCUCCGUAAAUCAAUUAUAGUGAAAGAUGUUAGCAGAUGUUUCAACAUUUACUGUAUGACAUCAGGUCAAGUCUGGGUGAGUGAUAGGAGUCAACUUGUCUUGUCUGACACAACAGGCUCCUCUCUCUAUAGACUGACCUAUAUUAGACCGUGUAGUAAUGACGUAUACACAGUGUCCAUUGCAGGAGAACUUAUUUAUAUAGACCGGUGUAACAACAUUUACAAACUGUCUGUAGACAAUAAAACGCGUUCAUUACUCAUUAAGAAAACUGACCCUUGGGAUCCAUUUUCAGUCUAUUGCUGUCCCUCCACUGGAGAUUUGCUGGUUGGACUGGAGAGGUAUGACUUGGAUGAAGGGUACAUAGAAGACAAAGUAAUGCGCUAUAACAGCUUUGGACAGGAGAUCCACGGCAUUCAAAAUAACAACAGAGGUCAAAAGUUAUUCAGUGAUCUAAUUUCUAUCAGAGAGAACCAUAAUGGAGAUGUUAUUUUGUGUAACUCCAUAGAUUCACGACACGGGUCAGUAGUGGUUACAGAUCAUGAGGGAAGACAUCGCUUCUCCUACACAGGACCACCCUCAGGGUCUCCACUAAAUCCCUGGGGAAUCUGUACAGAUGCACUGUCGCACAUCCUUGUGUGUGAAUGUAACACAGGCACUGUACAGAUGAUUGACAAAGACGGUCACUUUCUGUCAGUUUCACUGACAAAACAACAUGGGAUAAAGAAACCGUGGUGUUUGAGUUAUGAUGAUAAAACUCAGUGUCUCUGGGUCGGAUGUCAGGAUAGCAAUGUAGUGACUGUAUAUAAAUAUUUAACUACAGACUGAAUGUUUCUGACUAGUAAAAAUCAUGAUUUUAACUGUACUUAAAUGUACAUAUGAAAGUAUUUAACAGAAUAACAAUUUCCUAGACUUUGCAUUUAAGCAUUUUUAAUUUU